AUGUAAAUCGAUUUAUUAGAGUAAUAAAUAGUAAAGAAGAAAAGAUCACGAUCAAAUAAAGAUAAUGGAGAUUCUAUACCUGCAUUUUUAUUGAAAACAUAUGAAAUAAUAGAUGUAUUGAAGUUUUAAAAAAAAUAGAAUCCUUAAAAUCAUGAAAUAAUUAGUUGGAAUGAAGAAGGAAGUGCUUUUAUAGUUAAAAAAGUUAAUGAAUUCUCAGACAUCAUUUUACCAAAAUCAUUUAAGCAUAGCAAUUUUGCUUCAUUUGUUCGACAAUUAAAUAUGUAUGAUUUUCACAAAACCAGACAUGAUAAUAAUGAAAAUGAAUUCAAACAUAAAUUAUUUUAAAGGGGUAAAAAGUAAGUUUUUAAUUUAUGUUAGAAAUUUAUUAAGUUAAAUUAAAAGAAAGACUAAUGAUGUUAAAGAAUAAAAUUCUUUAAGUUUAGUAAAAAAUGAAUAGAUUAGGAAUGGAUAAACUGAAAUUCCAGAGGUUUAUUAAUAUAAUAUUUAUAUUAGAUUUUAGUUUAAAUGGGAAAACUAUAAAACAAAUAAUUAGAAUUAGAAAAAUUAAUAAAAAUUCUUAUUAAGUAAAAUGAAAAGAUUAUGAAAGAAAAUAAAUACUUAUGGACCGAAUUAACUAAAAAUAAGUACAAUAUGUGUUAAUAUAGAGGCAUAAAAAUGAAAAUUCAGAAGAAUAAAUUAUGAAGUGGGUUUUAUAAUCAUUGCAAGGAACUAAAUAAAAUACUAAACACAAAAAUAAUUUUUAAACAAAUAAUUUAUUGAUGUUAAAAUAAACUAGUGAAAAUGAUGAUGAAAUAUAACUUGAAGGUUAAAAUUAAAGGAGUUUUGAAACUGAAAAACUGUAAUUUGAUUAAUUACCAUCUCAAAUUAUUAGUUAGAAUUUAGAAUAACAAAUCGAAAAACUCUCAAAAAAUUAAAUUAUAUAAGUUUUAAUGAGUGCUAUAACCAAUAAUUCAAAAUAAGAAAAAAAAAAUAAUAUUAAAUUUGAAGAUGACAUUAGUAUUGAUGAUGAAUAUCCGAUAAUUAAGAAGAUGGAUUUAAAAUAAGAAAUUUAAGAUAGAAAAUAAGAAAAUCAAAUAAUGGUUUAUAAUGAACCAUAUUUUUUUCAUAAAUUAGAAGAUAAUUAUAUCAUUUCAGAAUCACCAAAUCCAAGUCGUAAAAAUUCUUAUUACGAUCCAGAUCCUAUUCCCUAAUUUUUAGAAAGUGAAUUAUGA